CACGAUCGUAUGAUGCCAUACACCCGCAAACUGCACGGAAACCCUGAGUCCCUGAACUUGAUCAUGGCUACUACAACGGUUCUUCAGCCCACUCCAUCAAUAAUCGCCGAGUCUUCUGGAGCCCAGAAGUACCGCGGGCUGUUGUUGAGCGAGACGAUAUCACGGGCCAUUGCACAAGCUUACGAACGAGACUUCUCGCAUAUUCCUGUGCUCGACCGGCUAAGGAAACCCCUCGGCUACAUUGAAGUCGCGACUCUGAAGUCCAAGUGGGAAGCGGGGCAGGCUGAUGCUAGUGACACAGUACUCAAUUAUAUGACAAAAUUCAAGCGAACCGCUGCUCAACCGUACACCGUGAUCACACCCUACACACCAUUAAGCGAGCUGGAAGAGUUCUUGGGGCGGAACAUCUUCGCCAUCGUCACGGAUCCUGGUCGCAAGUUUGUUGUGGCCCUGGCCACCUUGCACGACCUAGAGACUUUCGUAUCUCGGCGCGGAUUCUGACUGACUCUUCGGUUCGUGUAUGGCUGCAUGUAACGCCUCAUAUCAAUCGAACGUUGCUCGUCAAAUGCCUCUUGCCCUUGGCUCUCGAUCUCAUUGGCGGCCUCUUUCGUUCUUUCCUGCGCCAGGCGCCA